UCGAAUGUACCAAGAAAGGCGUGCUUUAGAGUCUCGCCAGACGUCAAAAUUAGCCAUACAAGAGUCAGCUUUUGAUAGCCACGAUUCUCGACACUUUAGUGAACGAGCUAUUGCUGAAGCUCGUGCUGCUCAACAACAGUCUAGUUUUAUGCAGGCUGAACGAUACAGUCAGGAGUACCAACAGCAACAUAAACAUCAGUACCAACAGCAGAUGGCUAUGUGCUCCACUGCUAGUCACCGCAUGAGAGCGGAAUCCAAAGCAGUACCUGAACCUCCCUGCCCCAUGUGUGGAAAUCCCGAUUUCCAUCCAAAUGAGUAAAAGUUACUCCUCUGCCGUCCCUCCUUCCUCUAUCCUCACUUUCAAUUCCACUUUCCUCGUCUCCCACUCACUCUAGACACAGUAGUAGAUGCUUCAUAAUUUUUAUGUAGCGUGCAGUCGCGAACCUCUUAAACUCUUUUCUGUAUUUAGAUCUUUUUCUUAGCGUUUUAGUUCAGAAGGAAUGCAUUUUUUACACAGGAUGUACAUGAGUAAUUCACCCUCAUUUAUACUAUUGUAGUUUUGUGUAGACCUCAGCGUCGGGGUAGAAUAAUCGGAUGGCCAAGUAGCUUCCCUUUCCCCGACGCUUCUCUUUCGAACGAAAAUAAAGUCUUGGGAUGUUAUUUCCAAACCAUUCACGUGAACCUCGAACGAAGCGAACGAACAGUCGCUUGCCUCUUUGUCUUUGCCUUGUGACUUUCCCAGCAGCCUCACUGUAUCGCAACGAGAGGACACACGUCUUAGUUCAGAGGAUGAGGUGUCGAUGAGCUAAGACGGAUUUCGAAGUUUCUUUAGUUGGCGAGUUCAGUUUUACUCUUGUUGUCAGGUCAUAUUAUGUUAGCGGUUGAGAAAAGGAAGUGGCUAUAUCCAUGUUUCUUGUCGAUAAUGUGGUUAACGAUGUGUAUAUAACUUUGUAUAUAUGGUUGGCAUAAACUGAAUUCCUAUAAGAUCUUAAAGCGAAAUCGAGCUUAAGAGAUUCCUUGUAUGAUACACAGGAUCGCCUGUCACGUCACAUAUUUCUCAUUGUUUUUUACAACAGUGGGAAAGAACAUCUAUCUCAUUCUCUAUUCCUUGUUUACAAGAAAAAAUAUUAUAAUUAGAAGAAACCCUAAACCGUAAGCCGAAUGUCUAACAUCUCAUAUUUAGAAACUAACAACAAAAGCAGAGCAAAAGUAAAAUAUAAACAACCAAUCUUUCUAACAAACCUUCCUUCUGACGUUAUCAACACAGUAGCCAGAAACACGUCCCAGCCAAUGACACAUCUGUUUGGUUUAGCCUGUGGUUUUCAUUCGCGGUUCGCCCUCUUAAAUUUAUGGUAUUCAAAAUGAGGUAUUUGAGACUGAUUCUAAGACUAAGACAAAGAAAAAAGUCGACAGCUACAAGAACGGCCAACUAAACUUCUUUGGAACCCGACAUUCUUACACGAAAGAUUCAGGAUGGAAGAUUGCCUUUCUAUUAGCUCCAUCAAAUGAACUUGGACAAAUGGCUAAGGAUCCCCAUAGUGCACGAACGUCGCCGCUUCACGGACGUCAUGGACGAGGAAAUUGACGACGAGCGGAAGAGGACGGCGCUGGACCGGUACACGGCCGGGUUUGUGAGAAGCAGAAUGGAAACUUGCUCCCUCGACAUGCCGAGGAGAGUGAAGCAAGAGGUACCAAGCCGUCUCUCCAUCUACGAUGAAGUGGUGGUGAUGAAGGAAGGCGCCCACUACGGAACGGCGCCCUUCCUCAGGGAGAAGCCCGGCACCUGCGCCAUCACGGACGGCUGCCCUCUGACGCUGACUUGCGUCUUCACCGGCGACCCAGAACCUGUUGUCCAGUGGUUCAAAAAUGACAUCAUCCUGGGCGAAAAUUCGCGGGUGUCCAUCCACACCGCCAAUGGCCGCUCCACCCUCGCCUACCAAGAGUGCCAUGACUACGACGUCGGCCUCUACAAGGUAGUGGCCAGGAACACCCUGGGGCAGGCCACCCACCGAUUCAGGCUUGUCCAGGGCCACAUCCCAGGCCCCUGUGACUCCCCCGACGUGUCUGAAAAGUCAGACACCGAGGUCUUGCUCCACUGGAGCCCCCCUGCAGAUGAUGGCGGUUCGCAGAUCCUAUGUUAUCACGUGCAAAUGAAGCUCCCAGGUGACACUGAGUGGCUUACAGUAAGCGAUAAUAUCGACCAUGAGUUCUUCCUGGUGAAAGGCCUGACAGAAAACUCGAUCUACCAAUUCCGAGUUGCGGCAAAGAAUUUCGUUGGCUGGGGAGAUUUCUCGGUCGGUACUGCAGCCAUCAGAACUACUGCGGGAGCCCCGAAGGUGCGGACGACACGGGAGAUGCAGAUCCUGCAGCAGGCAACAGAGAGCGGAAAGAUUGUGCUGCCUUUCCUGGAGAAGAAAGAGCUCGAUUACAGGAAGGAGACCGACCCCGUCAAACUCAAGUCCGGGGAAAAUGCCCAGUUGCAGGUGCGGAAGUACGACAUGAUCGCUGAGCUGAGCCGAGGCCGGUUCUCCGUGACGGCGAGGUGCAUCCGCUCCGACGACCGCCGCCACUUCGCCGCCAAGCUGCUUGAGAACUACGACCGGGAAGACGUCGUCAGGGAGGAGUUCGAGGUGUUCAAGACGCUGCGGCACGAGAGGAUCGCGCAGCUCUACGAGGCUUACAAUGUGGGUGACGUGACAGUGUUUAUCAUGGAGCAGCUGGCAGGCUUGGACGUGCUCACCUACUUGGCCAGCAAGCGCGAGUACUCGGAGCAGCAUGUAGUCACAAUCGCUAUGCAGGUUCUCGACGCCUUGUCUUACCUUCACUGGCGAGGAAUGUGCCACCUAGACGUCCAGCCCGAUAACGUAGUGCUCACCACGCCCCGCCGCUGUGACGUCAAAUUAGUGGACUUCGGCAGCACUCAGCGAGUCUCCAAACAGGGGUCGACAGUGCCAGUCAGUGGUCUCCUUGACUUCGUAGCACCUGAGGUUCUUGCUGAGCAGAAAGCCUUCCCUUCGAGCGACAUUUGGUCUCUUGGUUCCCUCAUCUACCUGCUCCUGUCGGGGAAGAGUGCCUUUGGCGGUGUGGACGACGAGGACACGCACCAGAACAUCCUGCACGUGAGAUAUCGGUACGAACAUCUGGGAAGCAACACGACGCAAGAGGCCAUUCGCUUCCUGAUGCUCAUCUUCAAGAGAGAUCCCAGCAAACGACCAACCGUAGACGACUGCAGGGAACACAAAUGGUUGGUGGAAAACGACUACAUUGUUAAGAAACGAGAACGAGCUACGUUCUUAGGCAGCCAGCUAAGGGACUUCGACCAGGCCUACCAUAAGGAGAGAGCAAUCGCGGCCACCAAGUCCCUGCAUCUCCUCACUUACGGCGGCAAAGAAAUUCCGGCGGCCAUCACUUACGAACCAGAGACGCAAUAAACCCAACAGGAAAACUGGGAACAAACUUAAGUUUUAAGGUCGUGCUGCUAUCUGCCAAAGAGGAUGUUUGCCCCAACUUUUUCUUCUUCAGAUGUUUACGUCUCUAUUUGGGAAUGCUUGAUUUCGUGUGUUCCGUACGAGUCUCUGAAUGUCAAUGCCCCUGCUUGAGCUGAUUUCGCAACUGCAGCGACUUGCAACAGGAGCGGGUCUUAAUGCCGAAGCGCUUCCAGCAGAGACACAUUUUCACGGCCUGCCUAGACUGAUUUCGGAGCUUGGCAUACGUUUCCGAUCAUUUGGUGGCAAUACACGAUCGACUUUAUUUCUUGAAGAAAAAAAAAAAAAAAACGAUAUGAUUACUUUCUUGUGGAAAGCCAAAUCAAAUUACGUCCUGAACAUUAUUUUGGAAGUUGCCGGUGUUCUUACGUGUAGUGAAAUUUCUGUGGUGCUUCAUCGCCAACUUUUAUGUAAGAAAUUUAUUAUCAUGGGCGAGAAAGUACAAGAAUGGUUGGCCGUUCUGAUUUUAUUUGAAUAUUCCUUGUUUAUUUUCAGAUUUAGAAUAUAUGAGUUAUAUUGGCAGUAGAAUAAGUAGGAUAUAUGAGAUACUCACUUUAUUAUGGGCUGAAAAUGAUAGUCUUGCAGAUUGUAUGGAAUAUCUAUUUGAUUUGUUUUGUGUUCACGUAAUACAUUUUCUUUAUCAUCGUAGAAUUUUGUUUUAGUUGGCGAUUGUUUCAGUUGCUUCUGGAAUUUAGCAAUGCAGAAUUUUCUCUCUAGUUUAUCUUUAUUUUCUUGUUACGUGAAGCUGUCAGUAUUCCAGAGUUAAAAAUAAGACCAUAGAAUUUGGCGCUUUUGGUAAAACUAGUCUUAGGAAGAAUAUAGUUUAGUGCACUGCAUCGACGUGGAAAAGACUAUAUAUGAAUGCAAUUCUUUUCUUGAAAUAGAAGAUAACCAGCAUACAUGUACCCAACACUGGGUAUGCGAAUUCACAUUUUUGUCUCUGUCAUGACGUCUAUCUCAGUAGUUUCAGAAUAAGGCUUCGGUACACACUAUUAUGACCACAGUGCCUUAGAAUAAUGUUGUUUUCGAAAGUUCUUUGAGUAAUCUACCUUUUUGGUGAACCUAUAUAUAGCGAUGCAUUAAAAGCCUCUGCCAUAUAUUUUUUCUGAUCUGCAUAUGAUAGUUGUAGUCACCCAUACUAGUCUGUUAACUGUAUUGUUUGUCACAUGUUUGAGGUUGUUUGCUUUUUCUUUUGCUGACGUUCUUCGUCAUGGUCAUGGUCAGUCGUGCUGAUUAAGGGCCGGCUGGAGAAUGAUCUUGAAGGAACUAGUUUAAUGUUGUACAGAAUAUUGGUAUCGUCUGAUUUUGACGAAUAUAAAGCUUUCAUUAU